UGACAGUACCUAGUGGCAUUGAACAGACACGCCUGCAUACAUUCCCUGGGAAAAGGUAGCUGCAACCAGGUGUGGCAGUGCCUGGGAGAACUGGGAACAAAUACACAAGUACUACCACUUCUGGGGAUUGAACUCAGGGCUCCUGCCAACUAGGUGUGAAUGAGGCAGGAUGAACUGGACGGGUUUGUACACCUUGAUCAGUGGCGUGAAUCGGCAUUCUACCGCCAUCGGCCGAGUAUGGCUGUCGGUUAUCUUCAUCUUCCGAAUCAUGGUGCUGGUGGUGGCUGCGGAAAGUGUGUGGGGCGAUGAGAAAUCUUCUUUCAUCUGCAACACCCUCCAACCUGGCUGCAAUAGCGUCUGCUAUGACCAGUUUUUCCCCAUCUCCCACGUGCGCCUGUGGUCCCUGCAGCUUAUCUUGGUUUCCACCCCAGCUCUCCUCGUGGCAAUGCACGUGGCUCACCAACAGCACAUGGAAAAGAAAAUGCUACGACUCGAGGGGCUCGGGGACCCCCUCCACCUGGAAGAGGUGAAGAGGCACAAGGUCCACAUCUCAGGGACACUGUGGUGGACCUAUAUCAUCAGCGUGGUGUUCCGGCUGCUGUUCGAGGCAGUCUUCAUGUAUGUCUUCUAUCUACUCUCCGGCUAUGCCAUGGUGCGACUGGUCAAGUGUGAGGCCUACUCCUGCCCCAACACAGUGGACUGCUUUGUGUCCCGCCCCACCGAGAAAACCGUCUUCACUGUCUUUAUGCUCGCCGCCUCCGGCAUCUGCAUUAUCCUCAACGUGGCAGAGGUGGUGUACCUCAUCAUCCGGGCCUGUGCCCGCCGUGCUCAGCGCCGCUCCAAUCCGCCCUCCCGCAAGGGCUCAGGCUUCGGCCACCGCCUCUCACCUGAAUACAAGCAGAAUGAGAUCAACAAGCUGCUGAGCGAGCAGGAUGGCUCUCUGAAAGACAUACUGCGCCGCAGCCCUGGCAGCGGGGCCGGGCUGGCUGAGAAGGGCGACCGAUGCUCAGCCUGCUGAUGCCCAUGUACCAGGCAACCUCCCAUCCCACCCC